CAAUCCCAACAAUCCUCACAACCCUCCUUGAGCUCAACGCAUAAUCAAAAACCUGAACUAUCGGGCUGGCACACUGGUGUAUAGCAAUUCAUUCGCCAUGAGAACCUCAUUAUCUGCUACUAUCUGUCUCAGCCUUCUCCUGCCUGCCGUCCCGACCCUUUGCAACCCUCUGAACGCGGAAAAUUCGAACGCGGAAUCCAUCCGUCAUGAUUCCGUGCAACUGCAGCCAUUUAAACCUAUCAACACUGCCCACCCGCUGGCCGUACGCUCCCCGGAUGGCAUCGGAUGCUCCGAUGAUAACAAGAGAUGCGGACUGAUGUGCAUCGAUAAGAACGAAGAAUGCAACAGCCAAACCAGUGGCUGGGAUUGGUGGCGUCGGAGUCUUGAGGACAACUCCGGUGCUCUUGCCGCUCGCUCGCCUGACUGGGGAUGCGCCGAGGACAACAAGCGAUGCGGCCUGAUGUGUAUCCCCAAGAACGAGGACUGCAACCCCAAUUAUGGCGAAACCGGCGGCUGGGACUGGUGGCGGAGGAGUCUGGAGGAGCCUUCCCAUGCUCUUGCCGCGCGCUCGCCUGAUUGGGGAUGUGCGGACGAUAACAAGCGAUGUGGUUUGAUGUGCAUUCCCAAGAACGAGGACUGCAACCCCAAUUAUGGCUGUUCCAAUGACAACAAGCGUUGUGGCUUGAUGUGUAUCGACAAGGAUCAAGAGUGCAACAGCGAAACUGGUGGCUGGGAUUGGUGGCGUAGGAGCCUUGAGAACCACUCCCCCGCUAUCGCUGCACGCUCCCCUGAUGGUUUUGGAUGCGCUGAUGACAAUAAGAGAUGCGGGUGGAUGUGCAUCCCGAAAGAUGAGCAAUGUUGUGGUAACCAAGGCAGCUGCAGCGCGAAUGAAGAGUGUCACAAAAACGAUGACGGGGAUUAUGGCUGCUGUGCCAAGGGUGAGACUUGCACAAAUACCAAUGGUACGUGGCUUAAUGGAGUCAGGCAAGUGGGCAAUGAUAUCAAAGAUGGUGUGAAGAGUGUCGUGGAUGGUGGAGCUGCUGAUUUGAGGCCCGAGAUGGUUGCGGUUGGGACCUUGACUUCCCUGUUUGCUGUCGCCAUGAUGCUCUAG